GGAAGCGUUGGUGAGAUGCUGUGUAAUAUCUAGUUUGCGCGUGCGUACUAACUGGUUGUUCGUUGCGGGGUCUUCGCUCGGAGUUUCUCGGUGGCACGAUGCCGGAUUACCUGGGCGCCGACCAGCGCAAAACCAAGGAGGAGGAGAAGGAGGACAAGCCCAUCCGCGCUUUGGAUGAAGGUGACAUUGCCCUGUUAAAAACCUACGGCCAGAGCACUUACUCAAGGCAAAUCAAGCAAGUAGAAGAUGACAUUCAGCAGCUACUUAAGAAAAUCAAUGAGCUCACUGGCAUUAAGGAGUCGGACACGGGACUGGCUCCUCCUGCCCUCUGGGAUCUGGCUGCCGAUAAGCAAACCCUGCAGAGUGAGCAGCCUCUACAAGUGGCCAGGUGUACCAAAAUAAUCAAUGCAGAUUCUGAAGACCCGAAGUACAUUAUCAAUGUGAAGCAAUUUGCCAAAUUUGUGGUUGAUCUCAGUGAUCAGGUGGCCCCUACUGACAUUGAAGAAGGGAUGAGAGUUGGCGUUGACAGGAAUAAAUACCAGAUUCACAUCCCCCUGCCUCCAAAGAUUGACCCAACUGUUACUAUGAUGCAGGUGGAGGAAAAACCUGAUGUCACUUACAGCGAUGUUGGGGGUUGCAAAGAACAAAUUGAGAAACUUAGAGAGGUGGUGGAAACACCCUUGCUUCACCCGGAACGCUUUGUCAAUCUUGGGAUUGAGCCCCCCAAAGGAGUGCUUCUCUUUGGUCCUCCUGGGACAGGCAAAACACUCUGUGCUCGUGCCGUUGCUAAUAGGACUGAUGCCUGCUUCAUCCGAGUGAUUGGCUCUGAACUUGUGCAGAAAUACGUGGGAGAGGGGGCUCGGAUGGUUCGGGAGCUCUUUGAAAUGGCCAGGACGAAAAAGGCUUGCCUUAUCUUCUUUGAUGAAAUUGAUGCCAUCGGAGGAGCACGUUUUGAUGAUGGGGCCGGAGGCGACAAUGAAGUCCAGCGCACCAUGUUAGAAUUAAUUAACCAGCUGGAUGGCUUUGAUCCCAGAGGCAACAUUAAAGUGCUGAUGGCAACCAACAGGCCCGAUACCUUAGACCCAGCGCUGAUGAGGCCCGGAAGGCUAGACAGGAAGAUUGAGUUCAGCCUACCUGACCUGGAGGGACGAACUCAUAUAUUCAAGAUACAUGCCCGCUCAAUGAGCGUUGAAAGAGACAUAAGAUUUGAGUUGCUGGCACGACUUUGUCCAAACAGCACUGGUGCUGAAAUCCGGAGUGUCUGUACAGAGGCAGGUAUGUUUGCUAUCAGAGCACGGAGGAAAAUUGCCACUGAAAAGGACUUCUUGGAAGCUGUGAACAAAGUCAUUAAGUCCUAUGCAAAGUUCAGUGCUACUCCUCGCUACAUGACUUACAACUGAUCAUGAUGACGCAAACCAUCUUUUUAAAUUGUCAUCCUUGUGCUGAGUGAUAUUCUGAGUAGUAAUUUGAUGUGUGUGACAUAACCCAGUUGGCUGUGUAGAAAUAAAUGGAACAUUCCAAGCUA